AAACGAGUCCGCGUUUCUUAGCGGAGGGUUUCUUGCCGCUUUCGUGUGUUUAAUUAAAUAAUAUCUAAAUGUGCUCAUAAAUAAAUGAAAUACUAUUUCAGUGUGAAUUAAUUUGUUUUCAACAUGUUGAUUCUGUUCGAAACCCCGGCGGGCUACGCAAUUUUCAAGUUGCUGGACGAGUCCAAGUUGUCAGAAAUCAAUGAUUUGUACCAGGAAUUCAACACUCCUGAGGGAGCAUCAGCAGUUGUCAAACUAAAGAACUUCAUCAAGUUCGAGGAUACAACAGAGGCUUUAGCUGCCACUACAGCCGCCAUUGAAGGCAAAAUUUCAAAGCCAUUAAAGAAAGCCUUAAAGAAAUAUGUCUCUAAGGACAUCCAAGAUCAGUUACUGGUUGGAGAUGCUAAACUAGGCAGUGCCAUUAAGGAGAAAUUUGAUUUACAAUGUGUUGCUAACUCAAACGUCCAAGAAUUGCUGAGAUGCAUUCGCUCACAGAUGGACAGUCUGCUUGCUGGGCUGCCAAAAAAAGAAAUGACAGCUAUGGCACUCGGUUUAGCCCAUUCUCUAUCCCGUUACAAGCUUAAGUUCUCUCCUGACAAGAUUGACACCAUGAUUGUGCAAGCGCAGUGCCUCCUCGAUGACUUAGACAAGGAGCUCAAUAACUACAUCAUGAGAUGCCGUGAAUGGUACGGCUGGCAUUUCCCCGAGCUCGGCAAAAUCAUCACUGACAACACACUCUUUGUCAAAAUUGUCAAACUUAUCGGGACCCGUGAUAAUGCUUCUAAAACUGAUCUGUCAGAUAUCUUACCUGAGGAUUUGGAAGAGAAGGUAAAGGAGGCUGCAGAGAUUUCCAUGGGCACAGAGAUCUCGGAUGAUGACAUUUUGAAUAUUCAGAAUCUCUGUGAUGAGAUCAUUUCUAUCACUGACUAUAGGACACAUCUGACUGAUUACUUGAAAGCCCGUAUGAUGGCCAUGGCUCCCAACCUGACAGUUUUAAUCGGAGAGCACAUUGGAGCGCGCCUUAUCGCUCAUGCAGGCUCAUUAAUGAACCUAGCCAAGCACCCAGCUUCAACAAUACAGAUCUUUGGUGCCGAAAAGGCCUUAUUCAGAGCUUUAAAGACUAAGAAAGACACUCCAAAAUAUGGUUUAAUUUACCACGCUCAGCUAGUAGGUCAGUGUAGUACUAAGAACAAGGGAAAGAUGUCUCGCAUGCUGGCAGCAAAGGCAGCGUUAGCAACCAGAAUGGAUGCAUUCGGAGAAGAUGUGUCAUUUGAGUUGGGGGCGGGGCAUAAGGUGAAGUUGGAAAAUAAGCUGCGGUUGCUAGAAGAGGGCAACUUGAGAAGGAUUAGUGGAACAGGCAAAGCUAAGGCCAAGUUUGAGAAAUAUCACAGCAAAUCUGAGGUGUUCCAAUAUCCGGUGGCAGCGGACAGCACCCUGGAAAGAAAGCCAGUGAAGAGGGAACACUCUCCGGAACCUGAGACCUCUACAAAAAAAAUCAAAUUAGAAGAUGGGGCCAAUGACGUCACACCGAAGAUCAAAAAAGAGAAAGUCAAGGAAGAGCCCACCGAAGAACCAGCCGAGCCCACCUCAGAGAAGAAAAAGAAGAAAAAAAAGAAAUCCCUAGACGCUUCUCAGGCCGACACCACCAUGGAGAAUGAUGAGGUGGACGCUCCGACACCCAAGAGUGGUAAGAAGAAGAAGUCUCAGGCUGACACGACCGUGGAUAAUGGUGAGGUGGACGCUCCUACACCGAAGAGUGAGAAGAAGAAAAAAAAGAAGAAGAGUAUCGCAGAGGAAUAGGUAGCUCUGUAGAGUAUUUUGAAAUGAAGGCUUGAGCGCGCUCCAUACAGAAUAUUUGGUACUUGAUUAUUAAGAGGAAAGAGGACGGGCGUUACUCCAUACAAACGUAGUUCCCAUUUUCCUCUCUAAUGAUAAUAUGGAUUUUUUUUACAUUAUUUGAUGUAUAUUAGCUAUGCCCCUACGUUGGCCGCCGCCGACCCUACACUCCGCAUCCUCGUUGAGCUCUGGCACCCUUACUCACUUGCAGGAACACACUAUGAGUAGGGUCUGUUUUUUUUGCAUCUUAAAUAGUAUUGUUGUAAACUAUAAAGACUCACAUUGCUAUUUCUAUCUUUUUUUUU